AUGACUUACGAGAGACUCCCGCCGGGAACGCAGAGGAUCGAGGACAGGACAGGACAGAAGAUCCUGUUGGCACCUCAGCCAAAUGCGGAUCCCAAUCAGCCACUGAACUGGUCGGCAUUUCGCAAGUCGCUGCAUAUGACCAUCCUAUGCUUCUAUGCAUUGAUGGUGUUUGCCAUCCUCUGCGUCGCAGUGCCCCUCUGGCAAGACUUCAACACCGAGCUUGGGAUGAGCUAUGCUGUCCUGAACGACGGCUACGCGACAAACAUGGCGACCCUGUCCGUCGGAUGCAUCAUCUUUGUGCCCAUCGCCCUGAGGAUCGGACGACGGCCAGUCUACAUUGCCACCGCAUUGGUCAUGCUUGCCGCCGCUGUGUGGCAAGCGAAGAUGUUUACAGUGGGAGAUAUGAUCGGGUCAAAUGCCAUUUCUGGUCUUGCCGGGGCUGUGAAUGAAGCAAUCUUCCAGGUCACUGUUUCGGACCUCUUCUUCGUGCAUCAGCGAGGCACCAUGAACGGGAUUUACCUCGUCGUUGUCAUCAUCGGAAACUAUCUGGGUCCGGUUGCCGCUGGGUAUGUCGCCGUGUCACAGGAUUGGCGAUGGGUUUUCUGGUAUUGCACCAUCUUCAUGGCGGUGGUGACUUUGAUUAUGGUUUUCUUCCUCGAAGAGACCAAAUACACUCCACUGGUGUUGACCGGGCGGGAAGUUGUCAUCUCGACCUCGAUCGAACAGCAGGACGACCUCACCAAGGUGCACAGCACCAGCAAAGGCAACGCCCUCGGCUCGAUUUCUGUUGAUUCCACCGACGCGGCCAACAAUGAACGUCGCCGUCUCGUUGACAUCGACACCUCGAUCCCCAUGAACUCGUACUGGAAACGGCAUUCGCUGUGGUCACUCGAGAAGCAGACAACCACCGAACGACGCAGCCUGUGGAUGCACUUCUACCAACCUUUCCAGAUCCUGGUCACGUUUCCCGCGGUCAUGUUCACGGCGCUGCAGUAUGGGUUCUGUAUUGCCAUGUUGGCGAUCCUGGCCGUGACGCAGGCGACGCUGUACCCGUUCCCACCGUACAAUUUCAGUCCGAUCGGAGUGGGCAACAUGAACUUGCCCCCGGCCAUCGGCGCCAUUCUGGGCUCUCUUUUCGGUGGCCCUCUCAAUGACUACUUCAUUCUGCAGAUUGCAAAACGGCGAGGCGGCAUCUACGAGCCCGAAACUCGACUCUGGCUGUUCUUGGUCCCGGGCUUUUGCAUGCCAAUCGGACUGUUUAUGUAUGGGUUGACCAUCUCCAAGGGAAUGGCAUGGCCCGUCAACGCUGUCGGGGCUGGGUUCAUCGGCGCCGCAAUCGGAGGAUGUGGUGACAUCUCUCUGACAUACUGUCAGGACUGCUACCAAUAUAUCCUGGGUGACGCGCUGACAUCCGUGGUCUUUGUGCGUAACAUCAUUUCCACGGCCCUCGUCUUCGCAAUCACGCCCUGGAUGACCAAUAUGGGCGUGUACAACAUGUUCGUUUUGCUGGGCUGUCUUGGGAUCGCCGUGGCGUUAACCUGUGUACCACUGAUCAUCUGGGGACGCACGUGGAGAGCGAAACUGGCAGGGCGGUAUGAGUAUUUCGCCGCGAAGCAAUAUUGA